UUAUUUUUAAGGGUACAUGUAGAGAGGUAAGACUAUUGUUUAGUAAAUAUUUGUUUAGGACCAAAUUUCGGAUAACGUUAAGUUCAGAUGAAAAUUCUUGGGUCGUUACAGACCCCCUCAGAUGCGUUUAUAAAACACACAUUGCCACUUCUAAGGUUUCUUAUCGAAAGCAAUAUUUAAAACCAUUAUUCGUUUGGAAUUAUUCAUCAUCCUGCAUGAAAUUUUAUUUCUUUUAUUACGUUCUCCACUGGCGAGCAGGUUUCGUAACUGUGUCACGAAGAGACCUGGUCGCGCGCCGCUAAGCCAAGCGCGUCGUCCUGCGACCCGAGAAAAAGUUUGAAGGCGUCGCGCGAGUCAUUUGCAUAUUUAAAACGAACGAUUACUGGCCCUCGCCACUUUUCGCGGGACUCGGCCCCUCCCGGCGGCGCGCGGGGUUUCCGUUGAAGACAACGAACGGUCCGAAGGGCGAAUACGGUUAGGGACGCUGCAGUGAAACCACAAACAUUGCGUGUUUUGGUGUGUGGAAGGAAGAUGGAUAACUCUGUACCAAGUGGCAGAGAGCUGGAGGAGGAGCAGGAGAUGGACCAGCUGGGAAAGGAUUUAGAGAAAAUAAUAGAUAGUGUGGAAAAUAUGUCAGUGCAGCUAACCUGGAUGGCGUAUGACAUGGUGGUGUUGCGCACCUGCCCUCAGGUGGGAGAAUCUCUCCAAAAGUUAGAGGAAGAAUUCUUCAGGUGCAAAGCUGUUCUGCAGAGCAAGCCACUGGAGCACCAAAACAGUUGUACAGAAAAAAAUUCCUUGGGCAGUUCUGGUAUAUUGGCAAAUCAAAGUGGCACAAUGUUAAAUGGCAAAAUUUAACAUUAACAUCUACACUAGCCUUUUUUCUGAUUGGAAAAUGUAUGAAUUGUAUGAAUGAAUUCCUUGUUAUUUGAAAGUUAACUGUGUGGGAAAGUUGUGUUGGUUAAUUAUUUUUUCUGUUUUUCAGUAAAACUUACGUUAUUCCCUGCUCUGUCAUUUACAUUUAUCUUUACAUUUAUUAAUAUAUUAGUCUCUCUGAAACAUUGUGAGAAAAAUUAGACAAGUAGAACAUGACUAGAAAUCUCAGUAUAAUACUGUUAUAGUGCUUAGGUUCAUAACACUUUGCUCAGAGUCAUCAAACCAAUACAAUUAAUAACUUCAGAAGUGGUAUAAAUGCUUUUUGGAGGAUGUAUUUGUUCUUCUAAUAUGCUGCUGUAUUUGACAGUUAGAAACCGAAAAGGGACACAACGGGAAUAACCACAAAUCCUGGAAUAGUUUUAUAUAUGCCUUAUAAUUAUGUUUUUUGCUUUUCGUUUAGCCCUUUGGGAAAGGACUUAAAUGUUUAUAUUUUGGCUUCAUGUUUUCUUGUUUUGUAUUUUAUGUAUAUACAGGACAGUGUUGCAAAACAUCUGUUGAAACUUCUCAGAUAUAGAUUUAUUUUAAACAAGUCAUGCAAUUCACUUCCCUUUUCUGAUCAAGUUUGAUGUGGUUUGCCAUAUCAGCUGCUUUGGUUUAACAGCACUGUUCACAGUGACUGGCAAUUUAAAUAUUAGGCUCUUAGUUCUGAGAAAAGUCACUCCUUGCCAAGAGGAGCAGUUAUUGAGCACUGUAAUGAAAUUAAUACCUGACAUGCUGACACAGACAUAACUGAUACCAUUCUCACAACUGUU